AUGCGCAUCGUCAUUUCUUUGGCUGUGUUGCUAGCAACCGCUGUCCAUGCCAUCCCACUGAACGCGACAUUCGGCGCAGCUCCCGCUGCCUUCGGCGUCGACUCGGCAUCGCUGUUGUCGGACACCCAAGCCGGCUGCUUGGCCAGAUCCCGAUUCACAGCGGGAUUUUUCCGGCUCUCAAAUGUUGGUGUCGCCGAUGGUAUUGGAGUGAGAAAUGCCUACACAGCCAACAACGGUAACCGAAACUUUUCGUUGCAGCAAAAAAAAUAAAUUUUAGCCGGCCUCAAGUUCGAGAUGUACGUGACUCCAACCCUAGCGCUGUCGGCCGCCACACAAGUGGAGACCGCAUUCGUAUACGCGCAGAAGAGUAAUAUCCGCCUGAACAGAGUCUGGCUUCAAGUUACAAAUCCGCUGGACUGGAAUAAAGAUCGACCGAGUAACGUCAGGUUUAUCAAUGACUUUGUGACGGCCGCAAUUGUAAGGGAGAAAACGUUGAAUUUUUUAAAAAAAUCCGAUGAUUUGAUGUGCAAUAUUAGACGUCUUACUGGCCUAUUUCUUCUGUCUAUAGUUUCGUUCUCUCUCCACAACCCUUAACUUUCAGCGAUUCAACGCCAAAGUCGGCUUCUACACCAACUGGUAUGACUACGAGCAAAUUACGGGCAACUCUCGCGCCAUCUCCAAGGCCGAUCUCUGGCAUUGGCAUGUGUUGGGAGCCGGGCCGGCCGGCCAAUCUUCCAAAGACUUUAGCGACUUCAGAACCUUUGGCCCCUUCUCCGACUGGCCAGUCGUUAAACAAUACGGGAUCGCCGUAGCUCCGUGCGAUUACAGAGCGAACGUCAAUGUGUUUGCCGCUGGAGGUGGGGCCACAAGCGAUGCGAACAGCUCUCUCCCAAUUGGACAGGGAGCUUUGAUCAUUAAGGAGCUGCGAAGCGUUGAGAACUGA